AUGUUUCGCCGAUUUAUGGAAAAAUUAACGGAGUCGGCGGAAAGCGCUGAAGAAGAAUGUUGUCUGAUACGAUGGUCGGAUAAAAAAAGUUUUAAAAUCGUUCCUCAAAAAAACAUUAAAGCUCCACCGGCAUCGAUUACUGUCUACGAAACAUAUACUGUCGAUAUCGAUGGACACCAACGAAAAGGAACUGUCAUCUUGAAAGGGACGAAACGAGAGUGUGAAAAACUACUGCUUAAUGUGGAACCAACAACAACUACAAUUGAACCAACAAAAAAAACUGAACAAUCAAAAAUGUCAAACAGUCAACAAUUUCAAACUGCCUCCUCAUCUGCAUCCGAUAUUCUAGCCGAUGUAAAAGAAGAAUCAAAUAGUAAUAGUAAUAAUGAACAGGACGAAGCGGCCAUUCGAAAUGCUGUGCUUAUGAAACUUUUACAAUUAGUUAUUGCAGGUGGUUCUGCUAAUGAUGACGAUAAUGGUGAAGCACAUAAAGUACGUUGUGUGGCAUGUGGUACCAAUCCUAUUAGAAGCGACCGAUACAAAUGCUUGAAUUGUGAAAAGUUAAGUUUAUGUGCUCAUUGUUUUGAACGUCGCAGAGAAUCUGACACUCACAAAAGUGGACAUGCAUUUGUUCAUUUCAAAUCACCUGGUGAAUUAUUUGGACGAUCUGUAACAGAUGACGAUGUAACAUUAACUAAACUUAAAGAAUUUUAUGGUAAUGAUGUACAUGAAUCAAUAUCUUGUGAUGGAUGUAAAUCUCAAUCUAUCAAAGGUUUACGAUUUAAAUGUGAUACAUGUCCAAAUUAUGAUUUAUGUCAGCAAUGUUUGGAGAAAAAAGUUACUACUCAAACACAUACGUCCAGUCAUCCGCUUAUUGUCAUACCACGUCAAGCAAUUCAACAAAUUUCAGUAGAUGACAUUGAACUUGGUGAUGAAUUAGGAAGUGGUGCAUUUGGUUCUGUAUUCAAAGCUAAAUGGAUAUCAAAAAAACGUUCUGUUGCAUGUAAAGUGAUUAAUGUACCUAAAACGAAAGAUGCUGAAAGGCUUGAAAAAAGCUUUUUAAAAGAAAUAGCCGCUUAUGCUGAACUUUCAGGUGCAUAUAUUCUUAAAACAUAUGGUUUUACAGCAUCCAAACAGGGACAAGGCAAAAGAUAUAUGAUUGUUAUGGAAUAUAUGUCACGUGGAAGUCUUUCUAAUCUUAUUCAAGAAAAAGGAGAUAAAAUAUCUUUACGACGAAAACUUGAUAUGGCAAUGAAUAUGGCUAGUGGAAUGCGAAAGAUACAUGAACAUCGAAUGAUUCAUAGAGAUAUUCGACCUGAUAAUAUUCUUGUCAAUGAAAAUUAUGUUGCUAAAAUUGGUGAUAUGGGUAUUGCACGUUUUACUGAUCCUUUAAAUCAACAUACACAAGUUGGCUGUGCACCAUAUAUGCCACCGGAAUUCUAUGCUGGUAGUUAUGAUCAAAAACUCGAUAUUUUCACAUUUGGCUUAACAUUGAAUGAACUUUUUACUUCAAAAAAACACACAUUUCAGAUGUUAGCUAGUAAAAAAAUCGCUUUUCAAGAGGAAAGUCCUAUAUUUGCUGACUUAAUUGCUCGAUGUACUGCUGAUGAUCCAAAACGACGUCCGACAGCAAUAGAAAUUGAAAAAACUCUUGACUUAUAUGUUACUGGUUUCAAUGAAAUUGUAUUUAAGAAACAUCUAAGUUAUAUAAAUUUGUCUACUGAAGACAAAAAUGAAAUAUUUGUCGCUUUCUAUCAAAAAUUUCAUCCACCAGCAACUGAAUUUAUUCGCAAGAAAUUUCCAUCGGAAUUUCUCGAUAAUCCAGAAGAUAUACCCGGUGUUAAAGUUGAUAAAGAUGCUGGAAAUACAAUUCGCAUUGAAUGUCCCAUGCAAUAA